AUCAUAGUUAAAGGUUUCUGGUUGUUGCUUAUUGCUGUAGUUUUGUUGAUAUGCUGCCAACAGUUUGAUGAACAUUGUUGGCUAUUAUUGCAUGGAUUAUUUAACUUUGUCUUGCUUGUGAUUGCCACUUCUGGAAG